AUCUGAUCUGAUCUGAAAGGGCACAAUUCAAUGGUUUUUAGUACAUUCACAAUGUGCAACCGUCAUCACUAACUCCAGGAUAUUUUCAUCUCUCCAGCAAGAAAACCCUUACCUGUUGAUUUUAGUCCCUUGUAUAGUUUCUUUAUAUUUUUAGUUGCUCAAGGAGACAUUUGUCCUGGUAUAAGCACUGCAGCCAAGGGUCCCAAGUGCCAGCCUGUCACAGCAGCAUGUGUCAGUACUUCCUUCCUGUUUAACGGCUAAUAUUCCAUUGUUUGAAUAAGACCACCUUUUGCCUAUCCAAUGGACAGGUCAAAUUUUGGGUUGGCCAAAAAGUUCCUUCGGGCUUCUUCAGCUCAUAUGGAAAAUUCCAAGCGACCUUUUGGCCAACCCAGUGUUUCUCAGGUUCUAUCAUUCCAAAGCAUGGCACCGUGUAUUUCGGGGACCAAGAAUACCAAAAACUGCCUCUAUUCGUCCAGGAUUCACUAGGGGUCUAUCUGGAGGAGGGAAGGCCUGUUCUAAACACGUGGAGACCUGCUAAAGUCCCUACGGUUUAGGGGGAAACCAGGGAUUUAUUACUCCAGAUUGAGGGGUCACGGGCCAAUCUAAGAAAUCCAACGGGGUUUUGUUUGUUUGUUUGCGGAGCCAGAGACUCUGCACCAUUUGCUUCCGGACCCUCCCAGGACCCUUGCAGGGAGCCAGGCUGUCUCUCCCGGACUCCAGGCCUGUGCGAGUCUUCUCCCACGUGGCGGCGCGCAGCCAAUCAGCGCGGGGCGUCCGUAGUCAUGGCAACAGUUGCGUCCAAGCUCCGCAGGUGUCGAGUCUCUUGCAAACUUGGUUAUUACUGCUUUUCAGAUACCCCAUACUCCUGCGCAAGCACACACACACACACACACAUUCACACGCGCUCUUCAGCGCCGGCUCACACACAUAUUCACACGCGCUCUUCAGCGCGGGCUCCCAGCGCCGGGACCAUGGACGACUCUAAUGAAGAGUACGAGGCUGCGUUCCGGUCGCUGCUCCGGUUCUACCAGUCUAAGUCCCUGUUGGAUGUUGAAAAUGCCAGCAAGGAGCCGGUGUUCAACCCUGAAGCGGUCAUCGCCCACUGCUUCAAGCAGUUCAAGCAGGAGGACUUCCACCUGCCCAGGAGCCGCCGGCGGGUCAUCAUCCUGCCACAGAAGGAGGCUCCGAAGCCCGUCCGUCCCAUGCCCCAACCCCAGACUCUCCUGGAGCCCACCCCCAGCCCCAAAGCCCCGGAAGUCGGGGACACCCAAGAACAGACAGAGGAUCCGAGGGCGUGGCUCAGACAGAGGCUGAAGAUGCGGAAGGACCUGGAAUCGUUCGGCAACGUCGAGAGGUGGCUGCAGAACAAGGCCAGCCUCACGCUGUCCGAGGCCAAGGUCCUACGUGACAUCCACAAGAAGCAGCCCAUGGCUCGGCUGCCGAGCCAGCUGGCCAUGAUCAGGGACACCGCGAAGAAAAGCCAGCAACCCUCCCGCCGGCAGGUGCCCCAGCUCCGACUGCCCAAACCCCCCGCCCUGUCGACCUUGUACUCCCACCUGCACUGCCGCAAGAUCAAGAUCCUGGAGCUGUUUCACAAGGUGGACCGGGACAAGCACCAGAUCUCCCGAGAGGAGUUCAUCGUGGCUCUCAAGGCGAUUGGAGUCCAUCUGAAAAACCAGGAGGUGGAGGAUAUUGUGAUCUACCUCAGCUCUCUGGGGAAGCACAACAACAUCACGAUGGAUAACCUGGCCAGCACCUACAAGCAGUGGUCUUUGGCUCAGCAGCAAAGCACCCUGACCACUGCAACAGAGGAUUCCAGAUCGUCCAAUGACAGCGGCUCCACACAGAGUUCAUCCCCAAAGCAGAAAGCAAAUGUACCCCCAGAGACUCCCAAGAUGGACCUGCUGACGGUGCCCGUGGUCGACACAGAGAUGGAGGCACGGCCAAUGACACUGGAGGAGAUGGAAGAUGUAGGCAAGCACUACCGAGAGAGGAAGCGGCAGAACAAGCUGGCCCUCCCCUCCAUCCAGUACACGGAGCAGUGCCGCCUGGUGCGCAGCGGGGACAAGCACUUUGACGAGCACUGCCUGCCGACCACCGUCCACGGGGAGAUGGAGAGCAUCCUCAACAGGUCCCGCGUGGACACCUUCCUGGUCUACCUGCAGUGCUGGAAGGUCUGCGAGGCCCACGGCCUCCCGCUGACCGAGGACAUCCUCAUGAGAGCCCUGAUGUACCCAGGGGACAAGAUCAUUUUCCAGAAGGACGAGGUGCGCCCGAUCCGGCAGCCAGGAGGCUACUACUCAGACUUCAAGCCCUUCACUGAGAACCUGGCCCUGGUCCAGCCCCAGGGCGUUCCUGUGCUGGUGGCUCAGAAGAAGCCCGACAAGAAAAUGCCGAAGAAAAUCAAGAAAAUCAAUUUUAAGGAAUUUGAGGAAUUCACCAGGAAGCUGAAGGAGAAGAAGCCCAGCAGUCCACAGCUAACCCAUCCCAACUUCUUCUGGCCGGGUCACCUCCUGGACAAGCUGCGGCUCUACCUGCCCACUGUGACCAUGGACCGGAGCCUGGCCAUCUUCAGCUGUGUCCAACAGCGGCCCCACGUCUACCCGGCCACCUACCACCCCGACCGCUGGUGGCCCAUUAAGGACGUGAAUUACGUGACCUACUCCUAUUACGAUGCCCACAAGAUCUAUCACAUCAACUAGAGUGGCCCAGGUGUCGCCAGACCUAGCCAUCCUGGGGCCAGGCACCAGUGCAGCUAG